UUGGAUUGUACAUGUGACUUCAAAAGUUUCUUAGCGGCUCUAUAAAGUGUAUUAAAUUAAUUGUGCAAUUUCUUGUUAUAAUAACAUAAGUUUUAAAUCAGUUAGCCAUGGCUCUACACGUUCCCAGAGCACCUGGUAUCCAGCAAAUGCUUAAAGAUGGUGCAAGGAUGUACACUGGGAUGGAAGAGGCAGUCGUCCGCAACAUACGAGCUUGCAAAGAGUUUGCUGAAACUGUCAGAUCUGCUUAUGGCCCAAAUGGAAUGAAUAAAAUGGUUAUCAAUCAUAUUGAGAAGCAAUUUGUCACAAGUGAUGCAGCAACUAUAAUUAGAGAACUUGAUAUCGAACACCCUGCAGCCAAAUUAAUUGUUAUGGCUAGCAAGAUGCAGGAAGCUGAAGUUGGUGAUGCUACUAAUUUUGUCAUCAUUCUCGCUGGAGCUUUAUUAGAUGCAUCAGAAGACUUAAUUCGUUUAGGUAUUACUGCUUCAGAAGUUGCAGAAGGCUAUGAGAAGGCACUCGAAAAAUGUAUUGAGUUAUUGCCAUCUCUGGCUUGCUACGAAGUCAAGGAUUAUAGAGAUCUUGCAUCUAUUAAAAAUGGAAUUAGGACUUCAGUAAUGUCUAAACAGUUUGGUCAAGAAGAUUUACUUAGUGAUCUAAUUUCUAAGGCUUGUGUUUCAGUCUUGCCAGAAAAAACUACUUUCAAUGUAGAUAAUAUUCGUGUCUGCAAAAUUCUUGGAUCUGGUUUAGCAAGCUCACAAGUAGUUCAAGGAAUGGUUUUCAAACGUUUAGUUGAGGGAACCAUAACAAAGGCAGAGAAAGCUAAAGUAGUUAUAUAUUCUUGUCCAAUUGAUAUUAUACAAACUGAAACCAAAGGAACAGUUUUAAUAAAAACAGCUGCAGAAUUGAGGGAUUUCAGUAAAGGAGAAGAAACCAUGUUGGAGAAUCAAAUUAAAGCCAUUGCUGAUACUGGUGCUAAAAUAAUUGUUGCUGGAGCCAAAUUUGGCGAUAUGGCCUUACAUUUCCUUAACAAAUAUGGCAUGAUGGCUGUUAGAUUGAACUCCAAAUUUGAUCUGAGGCGUUUGGCAAAAACAGUAAAUGCUACUGUUUUGCCAAGAAUGCUUCCUCCUACCCCUGAAGAGCUCGGCUAUUGUGAUAUCUGUUCAACAGAGGAAAUUGGUGAUACACUUGUAGUAGUAUUCAAAUUAUUAGGGCAAGAAAGCAGAAUUUCAACUAUUGUUGUACGUGGCCCCACUGACAAUUUUAUGGAUGACAUUGAAAGGGCCAUUGAUGAUGGAGUUAAUACUUUCAAGGGUAUUACAAGGGAUGGUAGGUUUGUUCCUGGUGCUGGAGCAGUCGAAGUAGAACUGGCUAAACAACUGUCUGAGUAUGCAGAUACGCUACCAGGUUUAGAACAGUAUGCAGUCAGAAAGUUUGCCCAAGCAUUAGAGGCAUUCCCCAAGGCUUUGGCCGAUAAUUCUGGUGUUAAUGCUAAUGAUGUACUUUUGAAGCUUUAUGAAGCUCAUACUGUAAGUAGUAAAAACCACGGCUUUGACAUAGAGAGCACAGAUGGCCCGAAAACCUGUGAUGCCGCAGAAAGUGGUAUAUUAGAUUUAUAUUUAGCAAAGCAUUGGGGAAUGAAACAUGCGGUUAGCGCAACAUGCACUAUUCUACGAGUAGAUCAUAUAAUUAUGGCCAAGCGGGCAGGCGGACCAAAACCAAGAGCCGGUGGAGCAGAUAGUGAUGGAGAAUAAAAACAUACUCACUCAUACCAAAAUCAAUUCCUUCGUGCACAGACAUUGAAUCACAUAUGCAUAGUUAUUUAUCAUAUUAAUUUAUAAAUAAGUUUAAAAGUCUAAGUGAUGUCUUUCAAAAUUUCUAUGUUUUGCUUAACCACAUUGUU